GUGACGCGUCUGAACACCCAAUCACACUCGCUCCCUCUGACGUCCCGGCCAAUCAGCAGCGGUUAGGCUGUCCGGCCGCUUGACUGUGAGAGCUGCGGGGCUGAGGAGGAGGAUUUCAUGGAGCGAGUUGAAGUGUUUCAGGCUGACAUGUUCCAGGGUUGAAGACAAGACUCCGGUGAAGGAGGCAGGAGGACGACAGCAUGUGAAAGAGAUGCAGAGAACCACACACACACACACCUGAGUCCUGUGCAAAGAUCUGAGGAGUGAGAUGAUCCCUGAGUCCACAGCUGCAGCUGCAUCCAGGUCAUCAGAGCAGACUAAGAAAUCGCAUGAUGAGGCAAACUCCUCUGGUGCUGAGGACGAGUCGGGAAACGAGAACCAACAAAAGAACGUGAGAAGAAGGAAAAGAGCUCACACGGGCUCAGAGAAUGUCAAACGCAAAACAGCCAAAGCCAGCUGCAGCAGCGUCGGCAGAGCCAGAGGCAGCCGCGGCAAACGGCGACACGUGGAGAACGUCACCCUGUUCGAGGUCAUCACUAUGGGCAGGAGUGCCAUGCGGGCGGUGAUAGACGACUGGAUUGAGGCUUAUGUGACAGACAGAGACUCGUCUCUCCUCGAUCUCAUCAGCUUCUUCAUCCAGUGCUGUGGAUGCAAAGGUGUGGUCACUGCAGAGAUGUGUCAGAGCAAAGAGGACCGUGAUGUGCUGAGCAAGAUGGUGGAGGAGCUGGACGAGCUGCACAAACACGUAGUGUACCUGGUGGACAGUCUGUGGGACUGUGGCGGAGCUCUGCUGAAGGACUGGGCUGCACUCACGUCCAUACUGCUGCAGGAGCCGUCCGCACACAGUCCAGGUCUAACACUGGCAGAACAAGCUCUGCUCAUAGAGAUCCUGGUGGCGUCGGUGCGUCAGGCCUCAGAGGGACCCGCCCUGGCCGGUAGGAGCGGAGCGAAGAAGGCAAUGAGCACCAGAGAAAAGAAGAUUCAGAUCGAUGACUGUACCAAACUCACCGAACAUCUCCUCACUGUCCUUCCAAAGUUACUGAGCAAGUUUUCAAGUCGCUCAGACGUCGUUGCCUCCCUGAUGAGGAUUCCUCAGUUCUUCAUCCUGUGUCCCGACGCUGGAAACACACAGGCGGUUUCCAGCCUGGUGGCAGAGAUGGGAGCCGUGUUAGACCUCCACUCUGACCCCGCUGUUGUGGAGGCAGCGGCUCGGACGUACCUGAGUCUGUGUGGAGAGGAGACGACCUGGUGCUCUGUGGCGCGGGACGCUAGAGACUCUCUGGUCCAGACCUGGGUGGACAAACUGACCGUUCUGCUGGAGGACUCACUGCAGGGCGACUGCUUCUCUGCUGAUGAGGAGAAAACCGGAGACAUUUUAUCCACACUCAGGAAACUCAGAGCUUUCCACAACUGUCACGACCUCUCUCGCUGGAGUCUGUUCCAGCUGCUCUCUCCUCUCCUGUCAGUGGGAGGAGCUCCGCCUGAGGUGCUGCUGGACGUCCUGCAGUGUCUGUGUUUCUUCAUGAUCUGGUCUCUCAACAUGAGCAGUGAAACUCUGACGUCCAGAGAGAACGCUGUGGCCCAGAGGCUCCAGCUGCGUCUGUUCUGUGAGCGGAGUCAUCACUGUCUCUCUCACUCCGACCACAGCGUCAGACAUCAGGCUUUUCUGGGUGUGUGCGAUGUCCUGGUGGCUCAUUCCUACCAGAUUCAUGUGUGGGAUCCCACCUCCUUCGGUCCGCUGCUCCACACGCCCAGUCCCAAACUGCAGAGGGCGCUGUCGACCUUUGUAUGCAUGCACGUCUUCCUUGGUCCAGACUGUGACAGUCAGAGCAGAGUCAGCGAAGGCUCCGAGGUGGAGAGGCUGGAGGACCUUCACAGACGGAGAAAUCUCCUGGCGGCCUUCUGCAAACUGAUAGUGCACGGGGUGCUGGAGAUGAGCACGGCGGCUGAGGUCUUCAUGUAUUACACAAAGUAUUAUAACGACUUUGGAGACAUCAUCAAGGAGACCAUGUACAAGGCCAGACAGACGGAUAAGAUCGAGAGCUCUCGCACUCUGGUCCUGUGUUUGCAACAGCUGUUCGUGCGACUUAAAAAGGAGCAGGAGAGCGGAGGCAGGGCUCAACCAGGAGUGCAGACCUUCACCAGCAUCAAGGAGCUGGCCAGACGCUUCGCCCUCACCUUCGGGGACCCCUUCAAGUUCCGUGAGUGCGUCGUCAUGAUGCACAGGACGGGGAUCGAGUUUGUGUUCCAGGAGUUCAACCAGACCCCAGAGACACCGACGCCGCCGCUCCUCUCGUACCUGACCAUCCUCAGCGAGUUCUCCAGCAAACUGCUCAAACCAGACAAGAAGACGGUGUUCUUGUACCUGCAGAAACACACAGCAGAGCUUUUCAUAAACCUCAGAGACGAGUGCUGGCAGCCGCUCGUCUACUACCGUGCUUCUCUAUUGGCUGUAGCUGAAGGGGAGGAUGCCGUGUCCUAUGUCAGCUCCGACAGGAAGCCCUGCCCGCCCAGUCGCUCUCCUUUCUCCAAACAGAAGCUAGAAGGAGGUAAGUCUCCCUGUGCGUUCAGCCCUGUCGACUCCAAAGUUAGCAAAGGUCUCAGAUCAAAAUUCAGUCCAAGUCAUCAGGAGAAAACCACCGAUGUGGAGCCUCCUGCACCAAGACCGAACACAGAGGGGUUCGUCCUCAGCUCGAGCAACGAGGCGGAUGACGACACGGUGGAGAUCGAACUUUAACCACGAGGAGGUUAGGGAACAUCAAAACUUUUUUUUGUCUUCUGUGUUCAGGUGUCCAGACCUGCCAGCAUCCAAAGCUUCUCAAACGUCUCGUACAUUAUGUUUUUUUAAGAGGACACGAGCUUUAAGGAUAAAUGUGAUAUUCUGUCUUCAAAUCCCCAAAACAGACCAAAACCAACAAUGAAUUGCUAAAUGGAAUCUACUGCUGGAGAGCGUUUCUAGUCUUAUCGACCACUCACCAAGCUUUACAGAUACUCCGCCCCUGAAAGUAGGCCCUGGAUAAUUGAAUCAUGUUUAAGUAACAUUUGUUAAGAAUGUAAGUGCUCAGCUGUUAUAGAGAACAAGUUGCUCUUUUAAAAAAUCAUGUGUUAUAAGAUAAGAUGAACUUUUCUUAUCCUCCGUAGAGAAAAGGCUUUUUUUUUUUAAAAUGUGCAAUAUAGGGAUGAAGGUUGAGAAUCCAGCGGGUGUGAACGUGUUCGUGUCUGUUGGGAGGAAAGUGGGAACGUGCUGAGAGGAGUUAAAACAUUGUUGGUUUUAGUCUUUUGAUAUUUAUGGUAUUUAUUGAAAUUAACACACAGAAAAACUCCAGCUUUACUUUUUUAAAUUAUGUUGAAUUUAACAUUUUGUCUUGAGAAGCAACUUUUUUUUUAUUGCUUUACAUCUUGUGUUUCAAAUUAACUGGUGACAUUAAGUGAUCCAUAUUUUACUUCAUUUGGAUCAAACUCAGGUCCAUGGUUUGUCUUUGUUUAUUAUCUGAAUCAUGCUGUUACUACCUGUCACUUUAUUAUUGCUCCUUAUAGGAAACGCUGGGUUCAAGGUACCUAACUACCUAUGUAUUGCUGUAAAGUAACUUAAAUAAACAGACAUUUUACAAAGGGAGAAAUGUUUGA